GACCGUUCAGACUUCAGAUGAUUCGCUUGGUCCCACACACUUUCUCUUUCUUGAACGCUCCGGAAAUUCAUUAGUUAAGUACUUCCUGGAAAUCCCCAAAUCAAAUUUCUUGUCUUCGCUGGAACCCUAACUUCUGAUUUCCCAAACCCUGAAGAUAGCUGAAAUAAAUUCCAAUGGCCGAAAAGUUAGCUCCCGAUAAGCGACACUCCUUCGUUCACAACGGUCAAAAAGUGUUUGAAUGGGAUCAAACCCUUGAUGAAGUGAACAUUUACAUAUCAUUACCUCCAAAUGUGCCAACAAAGCUGUUUUAUUGCAAAAUUCAAUCUAAACAUGUUGAAGUUGGGAUAAAAGGCAAUCCUCCUUAUCUUAAUCAUGAUUUUCAGCAUCCUGUGAAGACAGACUCUUCGUUUUGGACUUUAGAGGAUGAUACAAUGCAUAUAACCUUACAAAAGAGGGAUAAAGGCGAAACGUGGUCAUCACCUAUUGUGGGUGAAGGUCAGCUGGAUCCUUACAAUGCAGAUCUAGAGCAGAAGCGCUUGAUGCUCCAGCGAUUUCAAGAAGAGAACCCAGGUUUCGACUUCUCACAAGCACAGUUUAGUGGGAACUGUCCUGAUCCAAGGACCUUCAUGGGUGGGAUCGGCUAAGUGUCUGCUCUAUGCAGCGAGGAUAUUUUAUGUAUGUAUGGUUUGUGAUAGUAAUAAAGGAUCAACAUUUUCUGAAUUGUAAUUUGCAACUAUUGUAACUGGGUAGACUUCAUUCAACAUAUCAAUUUAGUGAUGCAUAUUGCGUUAAA